AUGCAGAAGACGUUCCCUAUUCAAUCAUUCUGCCCGUCUCUGAAGUUGGCUGCUAUUGAUAUUGCUUUGCGCAGCGGGGUUGGAUCACCGUUCGCCGAGAUGUCAGGACCCCUUCAGAGAAUUUCUCAUUUCGAUCGAGGCUCCUCCUUCACCCAGGUCAACUUAGAUUCUGGCUUCUUAUCGAGCUCUGGCGAUGCGUCGACCAAUCCACUGAACAUGGUUAAAGGGAGCGUAUCACCCCGCUUGGCGAGUACGCUGGCAAGUGAUGCGGUCGACCGUUCUUCCGAAGUCCUCUCGUUGGUUCUCGCUACAUGCUGA